AUGCCUCGACCGGAUCGAGGCCGUGUCUAUCUUGCAAUCUUCGUCGCAAUUUUCCUCUACCUUGUUUUGCCUCAAAGUCUUGGUCGGUUUCGUAUUCCAUUGAAAUCUUUACAUUGGAAACAGAAGUCACACCUCGCCAGAUUCAAGUCACCCCCACCCAAUUGCACCGAAUGGCUGCAAUCCAGCCCAUCGAACAUAAUCUACUCCCAGGCCCCAGAAAAUGAUGCUACACCGUCACAGGCUUCGUGGUUAAUCGACUGCCUGAACACUGCUCAAGCACAGAAGACUAGAGAAAGCAUAAGUCACAUACAACUUGACCUAGAGUCUCCCACUCUGGAUGAGUCCGAUAUAGAUCCAUUACUCGAGCUCUGCAGUAUUUUACCAAACCUCGAAACAGUCAGCUGGCCUCAUGAUCAUUGUGAGGACCAGGGUGUAUACGACCUCAUGCGCCUCGCAAGAGAGGCAGGCGCGGCUUGGACAGUGACCAUGAACUACGACCCCGUGGAUCCAGCGAGGCUAGAAUGCAAAUCCGACGAUAUCACCGCAUCCAUCAGCCACGGUACUGGUCCCGGCCCUAGCGUCGUUGAUAUCUACAAAAAGCUGAAGACUUGUCCCAAUAUCAAAUCACUCGAUCUUUCCAUAGAGCAAGGUGGCUGCGUACUCAGUAACGAAGAUUUACGUGCCUUCCCCCUUCAUCCCGGCGACAAAUUCAUCAACCUCACUCACCUCACAAUCCUCGGCUACGAUUGGGCCAACUCAGAACCCCAAUCCUGGUUCUCGCCCAAAUCCCUGCAGACCAGCGCCGAAAACUGGAAAUCAGCCAUGGACUGGACCCAGCUGCAUCAUCUCUCGAUCGAUCUACCUCCCAAGCACUUCCUCGAUAUAUUCACCAACCACAUCCGCAACCUGACCACCCUCUCCCUACUCCCCCAGCGCGGCUUCUGGGGAGACGAGGAAACCCUCUGCGGCAACGCCCAAUCCACCCUUGAUAUCCGAGACGCCUACACCGAGUUCAUAACCACUCAGCCACCCCUCGAAUCCCUCAGCAUCCACGGAACAGGCGCCCAUCUCGACCUCCAUACAAUCCUCGCCCAGCACGGCAGCACCCUGCAGUCCCUCACCCUCCACGAAUUCGAAAACGACUGCCCAGACGCCCCCACCCAUCCCAACGAUACUUUCCCAACCGGCCGGCCCACGCUCACGCCCGCCCAGAUCUCCACCCUGUCCGAUCUAGCACCGCAACUUAGACACUGCCUUGUCAUUCCUUCCGCGCGCGAAAAACACUGCCGCGUCCCCGCCCUCGCUACCCCUGCUCUAAACACAACAUCCGCACAUCAUAUCUUCCAUAGUCUGCGCGAGAUGAGGGCAAAGAAGGGCGGGGAGCCGUUGACAUAUCUGAGGCUAGAAGCGGGAGACUACGACAGAACAGAGGGGGAGGACUGA